AUGUCGUCGCAAAGCUACUAUAACGAUCAGUCGAAACAUGAGGGUUACCAGUAUAAUAACCCACCACCUUACACACAACAUCAAGGAUAUCAGUAUCCUCCCUCGGACGUGAUUCAGUCACAAGAACGAGCACAAAAUCCAUACGGCUAUCCAGAAAGUAAUGCCCCGCAACCUUACUAUGGUCAACCGCCAGCACCACAACAGCCACCUUAUGGUCAGCAACCACACCAGACUUACUACCAAGAUCCACAAUAUGGACGAUACGAUUCACAGACCUACAACUAUCAACACCAGCAAUAUCAAGCUUCAGCCUACAAUGCUGCUUAUGCUCAACCACCUCAACAGCCAUUAUACCAACAACCACCAGCCUACGACCAAUACGGCUACGAUGCCUCCCGUCAACAAGGCUACAACCAAUACGCGCAAUCGCAGAUCCCACCAGACCCAGCCAUCACGGCAGCAAAAGUAGACCCAAAUGCACCUGUAAAUACGGAAGCAGAUCGUGGUCUAAUGGGCGCACUGGCAGGCGGAGCAAUGGGAGCCUCCGGUGGCCAUCAAAUGGGCCACGGAGUCAUAGGCACUGUCGCAGGCGCCUACGCAGGCCACAAGCUCGAAGACCACCUCAAAGACAAGAAGAAAAAGAAAAAGUCAUCAAAGCCACACCACCACAGACGCGAAAGACGCGGAUCUCACUCCAGUAGCAGCUCCAGCAGUUCUUCCAGCUCCUCUUCUUCCUCCUCCGACUCCGAAAACGGCAAAAAACACAGACGCCGCAGGAAGAAGGACAAACACGUCAGCACUGCCAUUGCAGGAGCAGGCGCCGCCUCCUAUGCCUCCAGCUACGCCGGCAACUUCUCCACUUCCACCACAAACAUCACCCUCGACCGGGACUAUGACCUCAUCGCCCUCUGCUCCACUUCCUCUGGCAAGGAGAAACUCAGCAGCAUCAAGCUCAACGACUACCUCGGCAACGAACACGGUGUCUUUCGCUGGAUACGGGGAGGCAACGCCUUUGCGACUGCGAGGAAGGUGAGGUUGCUUCCUGGGUCGCCGAUGACGCUUGAGGCCGAAUUGGGCGAUGGGCGGGGAGGGUGGAAUCGGAGUCGGGUUAUUUUGGAUCAGCGGAUUGGGAAUGUGGAUGGGGAACUUGUGUAUAUUUCCUGA